ACGGUCUUGUUUCCUCCGAUGAAAUCCCAGCAAAUCUCGUCCAUUGAUUUUGCCGUGUGGUGGAAAAUACAAGUAAAGCUUGCUUCUCUUCUUCAUUUUGCCGCUCUUCAAUCGAUCCCUCGAAGUAUCCCCGCCGCCGUGCCGCCGCCGCCGCGCAUCUCCCUCUCCUUGCUUAUCUCCGGCGUGUUCUUCUUUGUCGGUGCCAUCGGGAUCGUCUUCGCCAUUGUCGUGCUCCUUCGGCCCCCGCGGACUGUGCAGGUUUCGGUGUUCCGGUGUGGGAGAGCUGAGGACACGCUUAGGAGCUUCCGGUCGAGAUCUAGCGUUGGUGGCGGUGCUGGGUUGGAGGAUCGGCCGAAGCUGCUGGGCUUCGUCGGGGUGCAGACGGGGUUUGGAUCCGCUGAUCGUCGGGCUGCGCUUCGGAGCACUUGGUUCCCUUCCGAUCCGGAGGCUCUAGCUCGAACUAAGGCUGAUCCUGUUAUUCUGGCUGAGUAUGUGGUGGCAUUGCUGAGGAAUGACAAGCCCAAAAAGGAACUGCAGAAGCUGUGCGCGGAUAGCUUGGUUGAGUUUCUGGGGCCGAGUUGUCCGAGAAAAUCUUCAAGAUGCACAUGGAAGAGAGGCAUUUCUCCACUAGCUGCUGGUUUGCAAUUGAAUCUAUUGACCAAAAGAAUGGAAGUCCACCACCAAAGUGAUUUCCAAGUGAUCCAACCCACACACAACAUGCAAUCUUCUCAUGCCAAAGUUGUGAUAUAGAUGUGCAUAGAUAACCUGGCCUACUACUACAGGUGCUGAACACUCAGGCCUACAAAGUGGAUGAGUGGUGUCUGGCCAUGCAAAUAAAAUUCCUCACAAACUUUAUGGCAUUGGAUUUUUGUGUGGAUGCUCAUGAAAAGAAGGCAAAGGGCAACACCAGCAAGAUGUUUGUGCCUUUUGGUAAAGGCCUUUGUUGACCCACAAAGUAUGUUUUGGAAAAGCAGGAGAAAAAGAGUGAUGGGAGUGUGGCCCUUAUCUAGGGCACAUUGUUUAUUUAUAUGUAAACUCUUUUUUUUAAAAUUUUUU